CCUCCUCUCCAACUCCACACACCCUCUCUCUCUCUCUCUCUCUGUCUGGAAAAAAAAAUUAAAAAAAUCCUAUUCCUUACUUGCCCACCUCUCCAUCCAUGACUGGUUCAACUCCGCAGCUCCACCUUCACGCCCAUUCCAAUCCAAUUAAUCACAAUCCUGUGUUCUUCUUCUCACCUCAACCAUGUCUCCUCUCCAUCACCUCCUCAUCCUCUUCUUCCUGUCCCUGCUCUCCGGCGCUCUCUCCCAGCCGCAACCUCCCAAAGGGACCCUGAUCGACUGUGGCGCCACGUCAGCAUCCAUCGUCGACGGCCGCCAAUGGCUGCCGGAUGCAGGCUUCACCUCGUCGGGCGCCCCGAGGAUCGUUGCACCGGUCGCACUCCCGACCCACCUGCCGCCCCUGGUCCUCUCCACGGUCCAGUCGUUCCCUCUCCAGAACAAUCUCCACCGCAAGUUCUGCUACACCGUCAACACGACCCGCGGGGUCAAGUACAUGGUCAGGUCAACCUACUUCUACGGUGGGGCCAACCACGGCCGGCCUGUCCCGCCGGUCUUCGAUCAGAUGGUGGAUGGGACCCUGUGGAGCAUGGUCAACACCACGGAGGAUUACGCCGGGAGCAUGUUCUCUUACUAUGAGGGAAUCUUCCCGGCUAGGGGGAAGACCAUGAGCUUCUGCAUCGGGGCUAAUUCUUACACCGACUCCGACCCGUUCAUAUCAGCCUUGGAGUUCAUCCAGCUAGGGGAUUCCUUAUAUAAUUCGACUGAUUUCGGGAAUUACUCACUGAGUCUGGUGGCGAGGGAUGCUUUUGGGUCCCGGCAAAUGGUUAUCCGAUAUCCCGAUGAUCAGUUCGACCGGUAUUGGCAUUCCUUCGGGCAAAACUAUUCCACCGAAACGUACAACAGAAAUGCAUCUGUGUCCGGGAUCUGGAACCUUCCUCCAUUGAAGGUCUUCGAGGCACAGCUAACAACGCCUCCGGCCCAACCAAUGGAGUUCCAGUGGCCUCCAUUUUCCCUUCAAAAUGCAACAUACUACAUCGCCCUUUACCUUGCAGAUGACCUUGAAUCAUCAUCGGAUGGAAGUCCGAGAAGAGUCGUUGAUAUCGCCAUAAAUGAUGUGCCCUAUUACGGAAACUUGACUGUUACUUCUGCUGGUGUCACCGUGUUUGCUUCUAGGUGGCCUUUGAGUGGCCUUACCACGCUAAAAGUGACACCCGCUGAUGGUUCGAGGCUCGGGCCUCUGAUCAAUGCUGGAGAGAUUUUUCAGGUGCUGCCACUUGGACGGAGAACUCACACGAGAGAUGUGAUUGCUCUGGAAAGAGUUAAGAACAGUUUCCAAAACCCACCACAAGAUUGGAGCGGUGAUCCUUGUUUGCCUCGGCAGUACUCGUGGACAGGAGUUACCUGCUCAGAAGGCCGCCGAGUUCGUGUUGUUGCUCUUAACCUGACCGGCAUGGGUCUUUCAGGCUCGCUAUCCCAUUCCCUCGCUGAUUUAACUGCAUUAACUAGCAUCGCGCUUGGAAACAACCAUCUAUCGGGUACCAUUCCUGAUCUCAGUUCAUUGAAGGGACUGCAGAUAGUGCAUUUGAAUGACAAUCAGCUGACUGGAAGGAUUCCAUCAUCCCUCGGGACCAUCAGCGGCUUGCAUGAACUAUUCUUGCAAAACAAUAAUCUGGCUGGCCCAGUACCGGAUGCCCUUAUCGGAAAGCCUGGACUGAACCUCAGGUUUCAUGGAAACAACGUCACAUCUUCUACACCUGCACGAUAAUUAAAGGAAAACAUAAAAAAGAAAUGGAUGGAGCUGCUGUAAAUUACUGCUGCAAUAUCAGUUGGAUAAAUUUUCUUGGCGGUUUUGUUGGUUCCUGCAAUGGAGUUGCAUAGCAGUGCGAGCAUUUUGGACUACUACUCAUUCUUUCUCGAUCACCCGAUUAAAUUAUAACUUUGCUUCUAAAAUUGAUUUCGUUGUACAUUCAUUCGUUCUGUAAAAGGGCGUCAUGUAUUUCUCUUCUUUCCUCCUCUUUUUGUGUAAUGACAACAUAUAGUUUUGCGAUUUGCAUAUAAAUGUGAAGUAUCUUUGAUUUUA